AUGAUCGGAAGCCAAACAAUCCUUGCAAUUGUGUUCGGUAUAGUAGUAGUGCAAGAAGUUGCAUCAACCAUUAUACCAGAGAAGAUAAUCGGAGGGGUCAUUGACAUCGUGCAGAGUCACAAGAACAAGCCCGUCGCGGGAACACAGCAGCCCUACCCCAACUACCAGUAUCCACAGUACCAACAAUGGAACGGGCAAACAAACCAACAAACACAAGGGCAAGGAUUCCAGACACAGUCCCAGUUUCCUGCUAACAACCCAGGCCAGUACCAAAACCAAGGACAAUACAAUUAUCAAAACAGUUUUAACCAAGGCUCUGGCUAUCCUCAAGGUGGAAAUUUCAAUAACCAAGCCUAUCCCUCCGGAUCUGGACAGAAUUAUAACCAAGGAACCAGUCAAGGCCAGGGACAGUAUCAAGGAGUGUAUCAGAAUACUAACCAAUUUCAAUCGAAUCAGAUGCAGAAUCAGCAAGGCUAUUACAACGGUGCGAGCCAAUCAAACCAGAAUCAGUAUCAAGGAAACCAAUUCCAGGCUCAAGCUGGUCAAAAUCAAGGCAGUCAAGGUCAGGUGAGUCAAGGUUUCAUGGUUGGUGGUCAACAAGGCAGCGGUAACGGCAGCCAGGGACCAACUUGUGUUUGUCAAGCGUGGACCAAGCCUCAGCCGGAGAUUUACGCUGACCCUGUAACGGAGAAGGUUCAGAAGAAAGAAGUGUCCCCGUCUUCUGAAUAA